AUGGAAAGAACAGCCAAAGGCUUACGCACCUGUCUUUUCGUCUUGCAGUACGUCGCUGUUUUCGCGGCCGGCGUACCAGUGGCUGGUCUACGGGAAAGCUUCGCGCUCUCGGACGGAAUUCGUGAAGCCGCCCCUUCCCCGGAUCUUCCAUUAUCGGACGGAAUCUGUGCUGUUGCCCCUUCACCAGACCUGCCAGAAACAGCUUGCUGGGACCUGACCAACAUCGUCGAGCGCCACCUGCAGCACCACCAGUGCGCAGCUGCGACAUCAACGUCAUCUCGUCCGGAUAGGAUAAGACCCAGCAUCGAGCACUAUCACUGCAGUGGGCACGGAAGCGCGAUGGAAAGAACAGCCAAAGGCUUACGCACCUGUCUUUUCGUCUUGCAGUACGUCGCUGUUUUCGCGGCCGGCGUACCAGUGGCGGGUCUACGGGAAAGCUUCGCGCUCUCGGACGGAAUUCGUGAAGCCGCCCCUUCCCCGGAUCUUCCAUUAUCGGACGGAAUCUGUGCUGUUGCCCCUUCACCAGACCUGCCAGAAACAGCUUGCUGGGACCUGACCAACAUCGUCGAGCGCCACCUGCAGCACCACCAGUGCGCAGCUGCGACAUCAACGUCAUCUCGUCCGGAUAGGAUAAGACCCAGCAUCGAGCACUAUCACUGCAGCGUGGGGGAACCACUUGGCGGCAACGACGAAGACUUGCGACGUGCUGAAGCAGGCGGCCGGCAUGACGUUGCGCCGCACGCUGCCGAAGCGCGUACCGCCCUGGAGCGUCACGUGACGCCCCAAAUUCGCCCGUCGCGGGCACGCCCCGAACGCCAACGCCGCGCCGCCAUCCGGUCGCCGGACGCCAUCUUGUGUUCCGCUCCUUUCCCGUCCCUCCCGUCGUGCCUCGUCGUCCCUCUCCUGGUAUCCCUGCUGGCGUGCCUGUUCCCGGCGGCGUCUGCGUAUGACAACGUCUGCGCAGCUGUUCACGAAACCCCGUGCCGAUCCAAUCCCAUCCUGAACGAAGUGGUGCCACCCAACUACCAUGGUUCCGAAGCACCGACAUCCGCAACAGGCGGGCCAGUACAAAUCUAUGUGUCCUUCCAAGUUAUGGAUAUCGAUGAUAUCAGUGAAGAGAACAUGGCGUUCCGCAUCCACAUGUUCGUGGUGGACCUGUGGCGCGACGACAGACUGAACCUGAGCCGCUUCCUGGACGACAUCGCCUCGUCGGCCAACAGCAGCGCCGACGGACCACGCAGGCACGCCUCGCGAGUGCUGCCCGACGAAGUGCGGGCGGCCCUGUGGAAGCCCGACCUGAUCUUCGUGAACUCCAAGAAUGGCUACCUGUUCGAACACUCGGUGCCCAACACGUUCGUCAAGGUGCUAGACACCGGACACCUGUACCGGUCGUCGAGGUACUUGUUUCAAGUGGACUGCCUGAUGGAACUCCAAAAGUACCCGAUGGACACGCAGAACUGCUACCUCAAAGUAGGACUCAUGUCAACUCCCGAGGACACGGCCACCCUGCACUGGAUGGACGACCCCGGCAGUCCACAGCGCAACUUCUCGGCUGCUAUUCGCCUCCUGGAGGACAUUAAGCCCCUGCAAUUCGACCUAAAAGUUCCUGUGGCACACUCGGCCACUGAAGCGUGGAUGUUCGAGAACUACACGUACCUGUACGCCAACUUCACCUUCGUGCGCCGGCUGACGGCGUCCAUCGUGAACACGUACAUCCCGAGCGGCCUGGUGGUCAGUCUGUCCUGGCUGACCUUCUGGCUGGACGUCUCGGCCGUGCCGGCGAGGUCACCCUUGGGCGUCACCUCCAUCCUGACGCUGGCCACCCAGGUGGUGCAGUCACGUAGCUCGCUGCCGCCCGUCGACUACCUGAAGGCCGUCGACGUGUGGCUCUUCGUCUGCCUCGUCAUGGUGUUCGCCUCGCUGCUCGAGUACGCCGUCGCCUACAACUUCGAGAAGAUACUGGCCCUGGAACGGAAACGGAAGACCGACUCACUUCCGGCCGCGAUACGGGUGGCGCCCUCUGCCCGAAUCACGCCGCAGGCGUGGCAGAGCGACGGCGUGGGUUCGGGGGCCCCUCCACCUCCCAUCUCGCGACCUCCUUCCUCCAGCACUCACGUGGACACGUCAAUAGCCUCCGGGAGCAGCGCGCCAUCUGACGGUGUGGCAGCCAACAACCACAAUCACGCCCUUGUCCCUCCGUCCGUGGUGACACUGAGCGUGCCCAACUCGGUGCACAGGCCAGAGACCAACAACGUGGCCCCACCAAGGCCACUCAAGACGGGCCGGAGACGCAUCUUCCAGCGAAGCUUCACGCUGGGCCAGCUGUGGCAAAAGACCAACUUGCUGGACAAGGUGUCGCGCAUAGCCUUCCCCUCGGUCUUCUUCUUCUUCAUGCUGAUAUACUGGUCCUACUACCUCUGGUGA